CAGCGACACCUCGAGCUGACUUCCUGCUUUGAGGCUAGGAAGAGACUGCUAGAUUGCCUUCCACAUAUUUUCAAAAGAAAUACUCAGGUAUGUCUGAAAUUUAUAUAUAUUUUUAUAGCAAAUAAUUUGCUCUUCAUAAAGAUUAAUAACUGAUCGAAAUACUUGUUGCUAUUUACACUUUUAAAUGAAAGAAGUAGACGAUAGCUAACGUUUUAGCUAACGUUAGCAUGGACGGAAUCAACAAAAGAGGACUAAAGUUAGCUAGCUAGCCAGUUAAUCAAUCACUCCAUUGUAUUGUGUUAUAACAGAUUUGCGGACCUAGCGAACUGUAGAUAAUACUAACGUUAUCUAGUUAAUCGUAUUCGAUAGGGGGGAAAAGUAUAUUCAAAAACAUUGUUUAUGUCGAAUGCAAACACAUAACUAGUUAACUAACAUUAGCCUUCUCAUGACUCCAAUCCUAAUGGCUGUAUGGCAUUGGGUUCUCGAGAGCUAACACAUAGCUAACUAGCCAUGUUGUUAGCUUAGCAUGCUGACUUUAUUUAGCGGGCUGACUUGUUACUGACUUUAGAUUUUACUGUCUAGUUAGCUAACUGUAGCCCGCCUCUUUUUGCUACAGAACCUAUCGAAGUGGUUUAUUAUGAAACGUCACUUUGAAGUAAGGUCAGUAGUACCAAAAAUACAUUAAUUGCCUUAAAGAAAGUAUUUCUGGUAGUACUAGCUAGUUAGCCACUAACCAGUGCAUGUUCAAAAGACUUCUGCUAACUAGGUGUAUAAUUUAUGAGUCCAAGGCAUUCAUCAGCAUUACCCUGUGUUCUAAAGCUUUCAGACUCUGGUCCAAGGUGCUCUGCAGAUUAUAUUGAACUCAACAUGUACUACUACUACUCCUGCUCCACAAAGAUUCUAGAUUUUUCCUAAUUAAAGCAUUAGAAGAGGACGGAUUGGGACUAGGAUUAGGAUACGGAUUCUAUAAAAAAUUGUGUGUGCAAUUUAAAGCAUUAGAAGAGGACGGCCUAGGAUUUGGAUUAGGACACGGAUUCUAGAUUUUUUGGUAAUUUAAAGCAUUAGAAGAGGAUGGACUAGGAUUGGGACUAGGAUUAGGAUACCGAUAAUCUCCACCAUUGUUCUUGGAAUCGAUCAGUGAGUUUGAAGCCUGCAGGUGCCUUCGGUUUAUUUUAGCAGGGCCUAACCAAUACCAACAAUGACUGAUGGAAGGAUCUACGUGGGAAAUCUUCCAAUGGACGUCCAGGAGAGGGACAUAGAGGAUCUCUUCUUCAAAUAUGGAAAAAUCCGGGAUAUCGAACUAAAGAAUAACAGGGGAACCAUCCCUUUUGCUUUUGUUCGCUUCGAUGAUCCACGGUGAGUUCCAGGGAUGAUCUAGUGCGUGUACAAGUCCAAUCACAAUACCUGGCUGUUUGGCAAGCUGUUCUCCUCUGAUUUAGUAACAUCACCAGGGACUGACCUCAGGGAACGGAUGGAGAAGGCGUUGCCAAGUGUAUUUCCCUUAGGCAAGUAAGUAAGGAGUUCUGUGCUCUCUCCUCUUAGGGAUGCGGAAGACGCGGUCUAUGGAAGGAAUGGAUAUGGAUUCGGAGACUCCAAGCUACGUGUAGAAUACCCUCGCUCCUCUGGUGCCAAAUUUAGUGGCCCUAUGGGAGGAGGAGAAGGAGGGGGUCCUAGGGGGAGGUUUGGGCCUCCAACUCGGAGAUCUGAGUUCCGGGUGAUAGUGACUGGUAGGUGGACGUUCUGAGUCGUAGGCAGUGUUGUUUUUGUCUCUCUCUCUCUCUUGGCGGACUGGAGGUCAAGGGGACUAAGUGGAGGUCAAGUCAGCUGCCCAAAACAAACACGAGCAAAACAAUAAAAACUCAAACUGAUCAUGUUGACUGCAUAAACCCAAACACCGGCCAUAGUGACUGGUAGGUGUAUGUUUUAUCAUUAAUUUUUGUUUUACCCAUUGCUUGGAGGUAUUUCGCUAUUAGGGCCGGGGCAAUACCAGUAUCGCGAUACUCGUUAGUGUCGUGGCAAGGAAAUAAAACACAAAGCGGAUCUUUUCUUUAGGAAAACAGCCCUAAUGUUGAAAACAAACAUCAUUGUGUUGUCAUCCAGAGUCACAUUUUAUUUUCCUAGCUAUAGCACACUAUUUUACAUACAGCAGGUUUUUUAAGAACUAAAGAGUUAUCGGGAUACUGGUAUCGUCCCGGCCCUAAUUGUAUCUGUGUUGUAUAUCCUCUAAUAUAGCUAGAAGAGCUUAUUUCUUAGGUUUCAACACAACUGGCAGUCAGAUCAUACUUUUCUUUCAAAUCAAGGGAAAAUAUUAGUAGUGACUGACUAUUUGCAUACUUAUAGUAUCCCUCAAAGCUUUGCAUGAAAUGUAAAUACAAAUGUGAAUUGGGUACAUGCCACCUGAAACGGGUCUAUAGAAACUGUACUUGAAAAGCCAUAUUUGAUGGCAUCAAAAAUAUCACUCUUCCACUCCAACAAGCAGAGACAUUAUGCAGACUGGGCAGCUUUUGGUAAAAUGACAAUGUGAUGUAUCCCCUCCCAGGUUUGCCCCAAACUGGGAGCUGGCAGGAUCUGAAAGACCACAUGCGUGAGGCAGGGGAUGUGUGUUUCGCCGACGUGCAGAGGGAUGGUGAAGGAGUGGUGGAGUUUGUCCGUCGGGAGGACAUGGAAUAUGCCCUGCGCAGACUGGACAGGACUGAGUUCCGUUCCCAUCAGGUGGGUACACAUCUCCACAGUAAAACAUGUCAAAUAUGAGUGCAUUUGUGAGUCACAACAAGCUUAUCCAAGUUCAUGAUGGAAAACGGGUCGUCUCAGUCAUUUGCUCUGUGUCCCUCAGGGGGAGACCGCGAACAUACGUGUCCACGGAGAACGUGGUGCCAGUUAUGGUCGCUCGCGGUCCCGCUCCAGAUCCCCCCGGGGGCGUGGCUACUCACCACCACCUUACCAAAGCAGAGGGUCCCCUCCACAGCGCUACCAGUCACCCCCACGCCGCUCUGUGUCCCGCCAUAGCCCCCCAGCGAGGCGACACUCAGUACCGUACCAUAGCCCGCCCCCACGCCACUAUCGGUAGACCAGCCAGCCAUUCACAAGAGGGCACUGAUGAUUAGGGGCAGUUUCAUUAUUAUUUUGAUCCCAUAUCUCCUCCCUAAGACACACACAAAUAAUUGUCCCCCUUUUGCUUGCUAUGUACAUUCCUUUAUCAGUCACCCCUGCCCUCCUGUUGGCAUUAACAUUGUUGAUUUCUUCCUGUUGAUUGACUUAAGCUUCAGCUCCCUGUGUCAGGUCACUGUAGUCAGCUCAGUUCUGAUGUCUGGUGAGACCAUUUGUUAACAUGCCAAUUAACUGGUCUUGCUGCUCAAGUACAUAUAUGAACAUGAUCUGUUUGAUGAACACUGCCCUGAGAAUAGUGACACUCAACAAAAACUAAAUGUGAACAUCUGCCUGUAUCAUCUAUUCCUUUUAAAUGAAUUGUAAGUGUGUGUGAACCUCUAAGAAUGAAUUAAUACAUUUGGAAAUUGAUUUUGAUUGUAAUCUCCUGGUAAACCUCUGCGAAAAUCAUGUUUUAUUUUAAAGAAAUAUUGAACUUUUUAGCCAGUUCAUUCCUGUUUUCCCUCCUGUUUUUGUAACCUGUGGUGGCUGUAUGCAAGAUAAUUUUGUUUUUCAAUUAAAAGCACUGAAACAAACCAAACA